AUGGGGGAACUAAUAGUAACAAUUACUACAUGGGAUAAACCAAAUUAUGAAUUAUUUGAUGGAGAAUCACAAAAUUAUAGAAUAUAGGAAUAUUUGAUAGAUGAACCAGGAAUGUUUUGCAGAAAUGGAGAGAAUGAAACAUUUUUCGAUUAGAAUAUGAGUAGAAAGGAUGGAGUAAGGAUUCUAUUCAAUCUCAGAAUUGACGAUGGUAGUAUUUGGCGAGUGCAUUGUAGGACAAUUUGUUAUUGGAGAUAAAGAUUAAAUUGAAGAUUUAUGGAUUUAAUCAAAGAAUGAGUAACAAAUAAGACAAAAUGAUGUGAUAAAACUAGGAAAGAAAGUCUUAAAAGUACUUAACAUUAGUAAUGAAAAUAACUUACAUUUGACACAUUAUUAAAAUGUAGUUAUUUAUAGUUAAAUAAUUUUUAAGUAGUAAAGCUGAUCCAAAUAAUCUGCAAGUAUUAGCAAAAUCUAAUGCAAAUUAUGCCUACAAACUGUUUUUUUGAUGUUAAAAUAACAUACAUUUUGCUUAAAAUGCUAAAAUUUAUAGAUUAAGUAAUAUAUAUAUAUAUUAGAGAUAAUAGUGAUGAUAUUACAGUGAUCGUCGCAUUUAUUAAUGAAUAAUGAUUUAUUAGGAC